AUGGCGGACCAACAACAGCACAGGCCCGGAGGGCACUACUCUGGUGCCAACCCUGUGCCUACCGUCAAGAAAUUCAUGGAGAACCUCGACAAGGACAAGCGGGAUCGCGACCGCCAGCUGGACGAGGAGGCCGUGCAGAGGAAGAAGGCGGCAGUUGGUGGAGAUGCUAAGCCUCACAAGGAGACCAAUGCUGGAAUCAAAGGCACCCAAAAGACUGUGACCGAUCCAACAACAGGUAACCAGGUCGUCAUUGAGGACGUCAACAAGAGCAUGAUGGGCCAGGUUGAGAAUCCACAGCUCUCGGUGCCGAAUGCCAAUCUCGGGAAGCCUACUCCGGUCAAAACAGACGCCUCACAAUCCAACGAUGAAUACAAGCAUAACCAAGAUAUCACAGCUCCCCCAGAUCCAAUUGCCGAGGGCAGCACGUCUGAUGUGCCUAUCCACGGCGAGAAGACGAACAUUCUGUUUCAUCCUACGCCCUCUGUCAGCUACGAGCCCAUGUUUGCUUCGAUAGAGAAGCGGGCGGGAAUACUAUGCGUCGGCGUCCUUCUCGCCAUUAUCAUACUUGGAAAGAUGUUUGGGGGUGCACUGAAGGGCCUGAUCCCACUGGCUAUGUGCAUAACAUCUGGUAUAUGGCUGUGGAUGAAGGAAGUCGUACGUAGUGGACGGGAGGUUGAGUGGGAUAGUGAACAGACUCGUGGUCAGACGGCCAUCGCAAAUCUCUUACCGGAAUCCGUCGAAUGGAUGAACACGUUACUUGGCAUAGUCUGGGGCCUCAUCAACCCUGACAUGUUCAUCGGCGUUGCUGAUACCUUGGAGGAUGUCAUGCAAGCAUCGGUUCCCGGAAUCAUUGAGAACGUCCGUGUCGCCGAAAUCAAUCAGGGCAGCAAUCCUAUCCGGAUUCUCAGUCUACGAGCACUCCCGGAUGAGCACAUGAAGGAUCUCAAGGUCGCGAUCCACGAGGAGAACAAAAAGACGAAAGACCCUCAAGAGGCCGCAGCAGAUGAAGAAGGAGGCGACUUCUACAACCUCGAAGUCUCAUUUGCUUACCAUGCCAAGCCCAGUGGAAAGCGUGCCUCAGACAAGGCUCGCAACAUGCAUAUGCAGCUUGUUUUCUACCUAGGCGUCAAGGGACUCUUUGGUGUCCCCCUUCCUAUCUUCGUCGAGCUACAAGGUCUUGUCGGAACUAUUCGCUUGAGACUAAACAUGACCCCCGAGCCUCCUUUCCUCAAGAAUCUAACUUUCACUCUAAUGGGCCUGCCACAAGUCCAAGCCGGAUGCAUACCUAUGGUUGAGAAGGGAGUCAACAUCCUAAAUCUACCUUUGAUCUCGAACUUCGUCAACUAUGCCAUCGGCGCGGCGGCUAGCAUGUAUGUGGCUCCAAAAUCCAUGUCGAUAGACAUGCGGGCAAUUCUUCAGGGCGAUGAUAUCACCAAAGACGUCCAGGCUCUCGGUGUUCUGUGGAUCCGUAUUCAUCGUGCAGUCGGGCUCAGCAAGCAGGAUCGCCGCGGAAGCGCUCAUGGUGGCAGUGACCCAUACAUCACUAUCUCGUUCUCCAAAUAUGGCAAGCCAAUGUACUGCACGCGAGUUAUUACGGACGAUUUGAACCCGAUCUGGGAAGAGACUUGCGCGAUCUUGGUCACCCCCGAACUUGUCAAAGCUGACGAGAACUUGAGUGUUGAGCUAUGGGACUCCGACCGUCACAGUGCUGACGACAUUGUCGGCAAGGUGGAACUUUCCAUACAAAAGAUGAUCCAGCACCCCGGCAAGAUGUAUCCCCAAUCCUCGAAACUUGCCGGCAUGGAUGCCGACAGCGAGAUGCCCGGCGAACUUCAUUGGGAGGUUGGAUACUUCGGCAAGCCCCAGUUCAGGCCUGCCCUCCGGACCGAUGGCAAGAACAAGGCUCUGCCAGACGAGCUCAAGGACCAUCCGGAAUUGCAGGACGACAAGGGCGUCACCAACACUGCCACUGACGAUGCCGUGGCUCACACCCCACCAGACCCUCUCUGGCCAAGCGGCGUUUGCAGUGUCAUUGUUCACCAAAUCGUCAACCUCGAACUAGAGAACGUCAAGGGAAGUCAAGGCAACCGUAAGGGCAGGGAAUACGAACCCGCGAAGCCUUCCGGUGAGAGCACUGAAGAGACAGGCGGCACCCUACCGACGAGCUACUGCACCAUCCUCUACAAUGAUGAGUUAGUCUACCGCACCCGUGCUAAGGCUGUCUCUUCUCAGCCUAUUUUCAACGCUGGAACUGAACGCUUUAUGCGUGAUUGGCGCUCUGGCAUCGUUACUGUCACCGUCCGCGAUUCCCGAAACCGAGAACACGACCCAAUCCUUGGUGUUGUCCCUCUAAAGCUCUCCGACGUUCUCGAGACCUCUUCACAGGUGACUCGAUGGUACCCCUUGGAUGGUGGCGUCGGGUUUGGUCGUAUUCGUAUCUCGGUUCUUUUCCGUAGCGUUGAAACUCGACUCCCACCGAACCUUCUUGGCUGGGACGUCGGCACUUUCGAGUUCAGGUCCGAUCGUAUUGUUGCUAGUGGCUACACCCAUCAUGCCAAGCUCAAGCUCCGCACUGGUGGUAGCACUGGCAAGAUUCCUCGUGUCGAAGCGCGCAAGCUCGAGGACGGCGAUGGCAUCUUCUGGGAUAUUGCGAAGAAGGAUGGCAAGUACGAUGUCCGCUUACCAGUCAAGUACCGAUACCGGUCUCCCAUUGUCUUUGAGUUCCAUGUUUCCGGCAAGCGAAAGGCAGAAGCGUACUCAGUCAUCUGGCUCCACCACCUGAUUGACAACGAAGAUUCGGACAUCGACAUUCCCAUCUGGACGACAUCCUGCCCGGCCCGCCUGACGCAGAACUACAUCACCGAGAACAACUCCGAAAAAGAGCCCGGCCUAGAAGACCUCAAGGUCGUUGGCCGAUUGAAGUUCAAGGGUCGCUUCAAGGCCGGCACGGAUGAAGCUCACGAGGCUUUCAUUACGGACAACGACUCUCGAGAGACAUUCGAAACAUGGGAAGCAUGUCUUGCUGAAGGCGUGCGGCAGCGCAAGGUCGAAAAGGAGCUCUCAGAGAAAGUACUACAACUACACGAGGAGUCCUUGAAGGAAGGCCGAGACAUUCUCAAAAGCACCGAUGACGAUGAGAAGAAAAGGUGGUUAACGAAGAAUGGCACGGACUGGAGUGGUGCGUUCGGCGAAGACCCGAAGGCAUACAUGGACUCCCAGGGUCGCAAGAAGCGAGAACCCGGCGUCGACAAGCCCUUGCACGACCCGUUCCACCCUUCUUCUGGCGAAGACAACGAAGAUGAUGAGGAUGAGGAUAGCUCGAACAGCUCGGACGACCUAGGUCUCCAAGAUGCGGACAACGCUAGCAGCUCGAACGGCGUCCCUCGUGAUUCUCAAUCAACAAACGGAACGACAGAGUCCUCGUUGGGCAGGACUAGCACUAGCAAGAUCAGUGCGGAAGGAAAUGUCAACAGGCAAAAUAAGCGGACAGAAGAGCGGAAGCAGAGGGGUCUGAUGCAGUGGAAGCCAGCGCGGAACGCGAAGUUUGCCAAGGACCAGACCAAAAUUGGCAUGCGGCGGUUGAAGAACAAGCUCACUGGCGGCUUGGAUGGUAGACAGCCUGGUGUUGAGACUGAAACUGGAACAUAAAGCUUCGCGACUCUACUGUAUUGAGUCGAAUUUGAUGACGCUCAGGUCAGUGGCUAUGAGAUAUGACGGUUCGGUGGGAGAUUGAAGCGACACGUAGCCGCUUUGGUACUGCUCUCUUCUUGUAUCAUUAGGCUUUGGCAGCAUGUGACGCAUGAUGCGGCGGCUCGUCCUGCUUCUCUUCUUAAAAUUGCUAGGUAGUGGAUAAAACACUCAUCUUCUCUUCGCCUUAAGCACACAUGACUCGGAGCGCUGGUUGUCGGUUGAUCGAUACCCAUCUGGCGUCCAUCUUGUACCACAAGGGUUAUAUCAGUAACCCGAUUACGGAU